GACCCACAAGAUUUCAACCAUUAAUAAACUCUCCCAAAUAAAUCUUUCGACUCUGAUUGUCUCUGUGAUUCUUGAUCAUGAUCACCAUCUCAAUUGGAGCAAGCAAUUAGGUUGGAGAAGAUGGACACAGGAUUUGAUCCUGAACAAGUGAUUGAAGAAUUUGAAGGUUUAACCAAAGAUGCUAAGAGGAUUCAGAUGGAAACUUUAAAGAAAAUCUUGGAAGAAAAUUCUGAAGCAGAGUAUCUAAAAAAAUGGCGUCUUGAUGGUAAAACUGACCCUGAAAGUUACAGUUCAUGUGUCCCUCUUGUUACCCACAAAGAUCUCGAGCCUUUAAUUCAACAAAUUGCUGAUGGUGCACCUUACCCUAUUCUCACUGGCAAACCAAUUACCACAAUUACGUUGAGUUCUGGGACUACUCAAGGGAAGAGAAAGUUUGUACCUUUCAAUAAUGAGUUGACCGAAACAACAAUGCAGAUUUAUCGGACUUCUUUUGCCUUCAGAAACAGGGAAUUUCCGAUUGGAAAUGGGAAAUCUUUAAGCUUUAUCUAUGGCAGUAAACAGUUCAAGACAAAAGGUGGUCUACUAGCAGGAACUGCAACUACUAACGUGUAUCGAAGUGAACAAUUUAAGAAAACAAUGCUUGCAAUGCAAACCCCUUGUUGUAGUCCGGAUGAAGUUAUCUUUGGGCCUGAUUUUCAUCAAUCUUUAUACUGCCAUCUCCUUUGUGGUGUUAUUUAUCGUGAUGAAAUCCAGGUUAUAUCAUCUACUUUUGCACAUAGCAUUGUGCAUUCCUUUAGAAGCUUUGAGUUGGUGUGGGAAGAACUCUGUUCCGAUAUAAAAACCGGAACUUUAUCUUCUCGAAUCACUGUUCCAUCUAUCAGAACUGCCAUGGCCAAGAUCUUGAAACCAAACCCUGAGUUAGCAGACAAGAUUCAUGAAACGUGUUUAAGUUUGACAAAUUGGCAUUAUGCUGGUGGAAUACCGUUGUUGAGUGCGGAUUACGGGUCAUCAGAAGGGUGGAUCGGGGCAAAUGUGAACCCGACCCGCCCGCCCGAAAUGGCCACCUUUGCUGUGCUUCCUAACAUUGGAUAUUUUGAGUUUAUACCAUUGAGGGAGAUCGAUGUAGCUAGCCAAGAUCGAACCCUACCCGAGUUUGGUUCAUUGCCCGUGGGUUUGACCGAUGUCAAGGUCGAUGAAGAGUAUGAGGUUGUUAUCACCAAUGUUGCAGGUUUGUAUCGUUACAGACUUGGGGAUGUUGUUAAGGUUGUUGGGUUCCAUAACUCGACUCCAGAGCUUCAAUUUGUUUGUAGAAGAAACCUAAUGCCGACAAUCAACAUAGACAAAAACACAGAGAAAGACUUACAGUUGUCAGUCGAAGCUGCAGCCAAAUUGUUAGCGGCUGAAAAACUUGAGGUGGUUGACUUUACGAGCCAAGUUGACCUUUCCUCGGAGCCGGGACGUUAUGUGAUAUAUUGGGAGGUAAGUGGCGAAGCAAGAGAGGAGGUGCUUAAAGAGUGUUGCAAUUGUUUGGACUCGUCGUUUGUUGAUGCCGGCUAUGUGAGUUCUAGAAAGGUUCAUGCCAUUGGACCGCUAGAGCUUAGAGUCUUGAAAAGAGGGACAUUUCAAAAGAUUUUGGACCAUUAUGUUGGAUUGGGGUCCACCUUGAACCAGUUCAAGACUCCACGAUGCGUGGGCCCAGCUAACCAGAUAGUGUUGCAAAUACUCGUCAACAAUGUUGUCGAAAGUUAUGCUAGUACUGCUUUUGGCUAGGGUUCGGGGUGGUUGUAGGGGCAGGGCAGGGUUGUUAAUAUGUAUUAUCAUAGUUUGCAGAAAUUUCUCAAAAGGCUUGAAACAAUAUGCUAUCAAUGUUGUAUAGAGAAGUUUGUGCUUCUUUUGUACUUGUGGACAUUCUAUAAAAAAAUCUUUUAGAACUUCUUCUACAAAUAAUA